AUCUCUGGUGUCCUCUCUCUCUCCUCAGUCUCUCUCUCUCGGCAACCUCUCUCCGGCGACCCUCUCUCUCCGUCCAUCUUCUCUCUCCGGCAACCCUCUCUCUUCGGAUCUCUCCAGCGACCUCUCUCUCUCUCUCUCAGUCUCUCUCUCAGGCGCUCUCUCUCUCCGGGACCUCUUCCUCUCCGGCGACCUCUCUCUCUUGCUCAGGUUUCUCUCUCACUCGGCUCCGGCGACCUUAGCUCCGGCGCUCCGGCGACCUCUCUCUCUCUCGCUCAAUUUCUUUGAAGAUAGUUGCAGAAACCAUUGAAGAGAACAAUGACAUCCAUCCCUGGAUCUGAUAUUCUUAUAUGGAGUGACGAGCAAACACGGUUCUUUCUUCAACUAAGACUUGAUGAGAAUCUGAAAGGAAACGUGAGAAAACAGAUGGUUAAUGAGGCUGGGAGACAGGCGAUAAUGGAUAAGUUCUAUGAGGCAUUUGGUAUAAAAAUUCCAUGGAGAAAGUUUGGGAUAAAGUACAACACUUGUAAGAAGCAGUACGACUCUUUUAAGAAGCUGACUCGGAACAGAACGGGACUGGGUUUUACUUCUACUGGAUUCAUCAACAUGAGUGAUGACUGGUGGAAUGAGCGAUGUAAGGAGUGGCCUGGUGCUAGAAAAUUUAAAGACAAGCCGAUAGCAAACAUGGAUUUGAUGGAGAAGGUAUUUGGAACAGUUUAUAUUAGUGGAGGUGAAGGUUGGUCUGCACAGCAAGGUGAAGAGGCUUUAGACACAAAGCAUGCAGAUGAUGAAGAUGAAGAUGAUGCUGAGUCAAGGCGUGAUGUCCCUACUCAGGAAGCUGUUGGAGAUGAAUCAAGGCGUGGUGUCCCUACUCAAGAAACUGAUGUUGCAUCUGAAUCAAGAAAUGCUGGAUCAAAGAAUGUUGGCCCUUCUUCUUCCAGGUCAAAGGUUAACAGGAAAAGAUCAAGGGUUGUACAAGCAGGAAAAGCUGUGGCUGAUGUGAUCAGGGAGAGUGUUGAGUCUCGAGACAAGAUUCUUUCCCACAAGAAUCAUCUAAUAGAGAACCAUCCUGAGUUUAGUUGUAGUCAACUUCGAGCUAUGGAGGUUCUACACUCCUUGCCUGCUAUAAGAAUGUGGUCUCCUCUUUACAAAGCCUCGACUAACCAUCUCAAAGAAGAUGCUGCAAAUCGUCAAACUUUCUUGUUCUAUGGAGAUAAUGAGAACAGGGUUCCCUAUUUGGAGUAUGCAACUGGUGAAAGCAGAGAUGCAUGAGGAGUUGUUUAUGUUUAUGUCUUUGUCUUAGUAUAGUAUGAACUCUAGAAUGAAUCUUGUUUUAAUGACUAUGUUUAUGACAAUAUUUAUAUGAGUUUCACUCUGCUGAAAUGUGUUGUUUAUAUUUAUUUUGAAGUGGCAAUGCAACUCUAUUGGAUAAGCAGUUCUUACAAGCGUUCUUACAAGCAGCUCUUACACUUCUAGCUUAAAGUCUCCAAGAUACAAUGAAUAGUAAGGUAUGUAG